AAUGACCAUUCUGUAGAGGUUCGUAGGCGAGGCUCCAAAGACCUCCUGAAAGUGUGUGUUCUGCUGGACCGAGGCCAGAGAGAGAGGAAGGAAGAAGAGGGAAAGCCCACCCCUCCAAAUAUCUACGACACGCCAUAUGAGGGAGGGCUGGAAGGCGACCGUGAGGGCGUGUGGAUCCCUGUCACACGGCCAGAGUCUGAUGUCCGUCCCGCUGGAGAGUACGAACUGCCCUGGGAGUGGAGAAAGGAGGACAUUGUCAGAGCGCUGUCAGCUCAGUUUGAGGCAGUGGAUUGUUCUCCCAGUAAAGAGAACGGUUCAACCUCCGGCCGCCAGCAGCAGCAGCAGCCACAACAACAACAACAACAACACACCCUGAGGCAGAAGAACUGGAACCUUAAAACACUUGUACCAUCUUCUCCAUCCUCCUCUUCUUCUCCCUCCUUUCCCUCCUCUCCUAUUCUCAAACUCUCCCCUCUCACACCACCAUCUCCCUCUUUCCCCACUCUCAAACUCUCACCAAUCUCACCCUCUUCUAAUCCUAACAAACUAUCCCCUCCAUCUCCUACCUCCCCGAAUACCCCACUGGAUGGGGAGGCAGCCAAAGUGGACCCCAGCCUACCCCUGGAGAAGCAGAGCUGGUACCAUGGCAGUGUGAGUCGGCAGCAGGCUGAGGCUCAGCUGCAGCGCUGCAGGGAAGCCAGCUUCCUGGUGAGAGACAGCGAAUCAGGGACCAGCAAGUACUCCAUCGCUCUGAAGACCAGUCAGAGUUGUGUGCACAUCAUUGUGGCCCAGACUAAGAGCGUUAAGGGCUUGGGCUUCACCCUGGAUCAGAGUAGCUGUGUCUUCUCCAGUAUCCCUGAGCUGGUGCAUCACUACUGCACACACAGACUGCCUUUCACUGGAGCAGAGCACAUGACCCUGCAGCAUUCUGUGCCCAGGCCACACUGAACAUGCGUAAAAAGGACAAACAAACACACUGGGACAUAAAUACACAUGCGCGGAGGCAUGUAUUACACAUUUAUGCACAAAUGCACACAGACACAUACAUUAACUUGUUAAUACAUGAGUGUACGCACAUACGCAAAGGCAUGCUGCUUUGGAUUUGUCACUGUGCACAACCUUAAUAAGUUUAUGUUUGUAUCUCUUCCAAUGCGCAACCUAGUGGUCAAAGUCAUACAUUACAAUAACCAUUUAUCACAUUGUUAUAGUGCUAAUUGUUUCCAAACUAAAAAUCCACAAAACACACAACCUACUGAAUGUACCAUCACUUCUGCUACAGCCUGGUGUAUUUGCCCCAUUGUUUUGUCCAUUGAUCCUUCACAAACCAUACUCAGUACAACGCAAACCAAAUAGAUUUCUGUAAUACCUGAAGCAAUGCACAUGAAGCACUGCAUUUACUAUAACCAAUCUGAUAUUUAAACCAAGUGGAGAGGUUUAUAAUCUCGUCAUGGGAUGCCCUUACACUGAGGUGCUGACAUCAUCUAUUAGCACCGUGCCAUCUAGUUAGGUGUGGUCUGUGAGAUCAAUACACUUGAUUGAAGUAUAUUCAUUCAUCCAUCUAACAUGUCAAUCAGCCUAUUGAUCUAUUCUGAAAAUCAGGCUCAUUUGCCAACCACUCUGUCUGUCAGGAGAAAAAGCUAUAUUGAUUAGAUGAUUAGAAUUAGUGUAGUGGGAGGGGUCUUAUAACAGUACAGUGCCCUGUCAGCAAAAUGUUACAAGUGUUUGUAAGUGUGGAAAAUAAAUGUGAGUCAUCAUGUCCAUGCACGUGCCUUCACUGUAAUCUAAAGGUUAUGUUACUUUAUUGUGAAUGAACUGACCUUUGCCCUAAAAUGUACCUAUGCCUAAAUGAUGUACGUAUGAAGUGAUUGUUGUAUAUUGUCAGAUUCUUUUUUUGCAUCAACCACACAGUGAUGUGGGCUGUAUAUUAUUGUUGUAAGACGUUUAUUCAAUAAAUAAAAUAAAAUUCAUAUUAACUGUA